UCCUCCUGUGCCGAUCAUUGACUCCAAAGGUGUUGCCCUUUCUGCCACCGAAGAAUACUACGUGACGCAGCUCAACGGUGGUCCAACAGCCGGUGGAUUACAAGCGGGUGUAGAACGCGACGUGAAAUGCCCGUUGAUUGUUCUGCAGAAUUAUAAUCCGGCAUUUCCAGGGGAGAAAGUGAAGAUCACUAUGCGAGGAUCAAAUUCGAAAAGGAUCAUGACGGAGACACCAUUAGAUAUUGAAUUUGUGAAAAAACCUGCGUGCGCUUCAUCGUCGAAGUGGGUGGUUGUUAAUGAAAAGACGUACCCUGGAGAAUGGUUGGGUAUUGGUGGUGCCGCAGAUCUUGGAGCGGGUAAGAAGAUCGUGGAGGGAGUGUUUAAGAUUGAGAAAUACUUGUUUCUUGAGGGUUACAAGUUCGUGUUCUGUCCCAAGGGCUCCACCAGAUGCUUCGACUUUGCGCGACGUGAAGAGAAAAACGGAAAGCGUUUGAUCUUGGUGAAUAUAACUACUACUCCUUUAAUCUUUGAGGCGGAGUUUGUUAAAGCUGUUAAGCCAAACUCAUCAGGUGUUUUGUUCUAGGAUAUGUAAAAUGAGGGUUGAGUGGUGUAUGAUGGCAUUAGAACACACGAUGUGGGAGUUGCUUAAACCAGUUUUUUGUUUUAUUAAUAACACG